GACAAAGACAGAUCAGACACUGGGAGAGCGCGCCGGGCGCUUCCGUGGCUGAUUGUUCCCAGCUGUGCAGGCUGCAACAUCUGGUUUCCUCCAGCCCGACCCCGGCCCGGCCUCCUGAGCAGGCAGAGCCUCCGUCUGACUGUCCUCUGACACCAGCCCAGCCCGCCUCACUGUGUAGCGAUGAGAGCUGCCUACCUCUUCCUGCUAUUCCUGCCUGCAGGCCUUCUGGCUCAGGGGCAAUAUGACCUGGACCCUUUGCCGCCAUUCCCAGACCAUAUCCAGUACACCCACUAUAGUGACCAGAUCGACAACCCGGACUACUAUGAUUAUCAAGAGGCGACAUCUCGGCCCUCCGAGGAGCAGUUCCAGUUCCAGUCCCAACAGCAAGUUCAACAGGAAGUCAUCCCGGCCCCCACCUUUGAGCCAGGAAAUGCAGAGACGGAGCCCACGGAGCCCGGGCCUCUGGACUGCCGUGAGGAGCAGUACCCAUGCACCCGCCUCUAUUCCAUACACAAGCCCUGCAAACAGUGUCUCAACGAGGUCUGCUUCUACAGCCUGCGCCGAAUGUACAUCAUCAACAAGGAGAUCUGCGUCCGCACAGUUUGUGCCCACGAGGAGCUUCUCCGAGCUGACCUUUGUCGGGAUAAGUUCUCCAAAUGUGGUGUGAUGGCCAGCAGCGGCCUGUGCCAAUCGGUGGCGGCCUCCUGUGCUAGGAGCUGCGGGGGCUGCUAGGGUGGAGCUGGCACCCAAAACUUGGCCCCUCCUCGGAUCCGGGGCCCUCAGGCCCUGCCUGACCUGGUGCUUUUCUCCCCUGCCUGACAUUUCUUUUAUUCUGUAAAAAGUUAGUGGACUAUGGCUCUGGGGGUUGUCUCAGGCCCCUCCCCCAACAUGUGGCCACCCCUGGGGUGCAAUGGGGGCCCCCCACUGCCAGGUCUUCGCCCCCAGGUGGGGGGCAUCCCAGGCCUUUCUGUGGGACCAGGGCCUCCGAUGUGCCUUCUCAGCCCCUCUGAGGACAGUCUCCCCCAAUCCCCCGAGGUAGGCUAUGCCCCUCACCCCAGCUGGUCUGCUUGGAUUUCCUACAGCCCCCGGGCAUAGAACACCUCUAUUUUAUACAAAAUUAAAAAUAAGUUUUUACAAAAGA